AUGGGCACCCAGCCUUCCCACAUCAAGCUCGGCCAACGAGUCCCGCUGUUGACAGAGAUGCAACAGCUCUCCACGGACUUCGACGACCAAUACAACAACAUCCGUUCCCCCCGCACCGCGCCGUCGCCCACGCCGACGCCGACACCGAAGUCCCGCGUCCCCAGCACCAUCACCAUCUGCGCCUACGACCCGCCAUCCCCCAAGAUGGCCUCUCCCCACAACCUCGGCCGCCACAGCCACCACAACCACAACCACCACGCCCACGCCCACUCCCACCGCCACAGCCUCCGCCACAGCUUCCGCCACAGCAACUACCAGCACUACCACGACCAAGCCUACCACGACCACCAAGACCACCACAACAACCAACCCACCCGCACCGCCUCAUCCUCGUCGUCGUCCUCGUCCUCCUCAACCACAACCACCGCCCUCCCACCCCCAAGCAUGCUCUCCGCCGCGCUAGGCCCGUCCUCCGCAUCGCCAGCAGCGCUGCUCGCGGCGGCAGACGCGGCGGCGGCGACGCCGCCCUACCAGCACCAGCACCAGCACCAGCAGCGACAGCAGCACCACAAGCGGCAGCGGCCGCGCAAGUACCACCAGCAGUACCAUCAGCAGUACCAGUACCAGCACCAGUACCAGCAGCACCAGCGGCCGCACCCGACGCCGCCGCGGUCGACGCCGGAGCCGUUUUGCGCGUGCUGCACGACGCCGCUGCCGCCGCCGACGCCGCCGCCGUUCCGCGACGAGGACGAGGAGCGGGAGCGGUCGGGGUGUGGGUCGCGGGAGCGGUCGGGUUCGUGCGCGGGGGCGAAGCUGAGGGCGCUGGUGCGGAGGGUGAUGCUGUGUGCGAAUGGGGGGUGUAGGGGUGGUGGGUGGUGUCGGAGUGGUGGGUGUGGUGGUGCUAAGGAGGAGAAGGAGGGGGGAGAGGAGUUCAAGAUGAUGACGAAGACGGAGGCGGAGGCGGAGGCGGAGGCGGAGAUGGAGACGGGGAGGAAGAAGAAGAGGGGGAUGAGUCUGAAGGGGAUGAAGGGGAAGGGGGGGUUUAGGAGUGGUGGUGGUGGUGGGAGGAGGGGGAGGUGGUGUGGGAGGGAUGAGGCGGAUGAGGCGGACAAUAUCAGUUUGGCGGAGAGCUUCGGGACGAGCAGUAGCUUGAGGAGCAUGAAGAGCGGGAAGAUGGUGAUGAUGACUGUGAGUGCGGAUGAUUUCCUUUCCCCCCUUUUGAUUUUCUUGAAGCUGAUGAGGUGUGAGCAGGGUCUCGGGCGCCGGAUUAUGAUAUAA